AGUUCCCUUUUCUCCACAUUCUUUUGCCAGCACUUGUUGUUUCUGGUCUUACAUGUUUUUGUUUUUUUGCUUGAACUUGCACAGAAUACCCCUGACAUCUCUGGAAGGAUCCACAAGAAACUAGUAAUAUUGGUUGUCUUCGGAGAGGGGAACUGUUUGAGCCAUAGUGAAAUGUAUUAAAUUUUUUGAAUUAAAUCUAAAAUAAAUCUUGUUAAGAACAGAUAUGGGACUCAACAAAAGCUAUUUUCAUGCUGAAUGAAAAAAACAUAGCAUAAAAGUCUUUUUCCUUUUUCUAAGCUUGCUCCUUCCCCCGCCUCCAUCCCUCACAUGCUGACUGAGUUAGCUGAGGCAAGGUCUCCGGCCAGGAGGGGGUAGGCUUGGGUUCAUUCGAGCAGUUGGGAGAAGGGUGUCAGGAUAAGGGUAUAACUGGAGAGUGAGGAGUUGCAUGGCCUCCAGGGAGGACUCUACCCAGAAAUGAAGACAGACCCACCCCAAGGAACCUCACCUACAACUUCAGACACUGGAAACAGAAGAGCCUGGAGGCUUCUGGAGAGAAAAGGCAAACAGAAGCCAAUCCAAAGGCCUAGGAAUGACAGGGGCACUGGAUUUCAGCAGCAGCAACAGCCAAAAAACAAUGAACAGAGCAGUCAGAAAGAAUUCUGAGCCAAAAUAUCAAUCAAAAGCAAAGGCAGAAUACAAGCCCUUUCAGAAUUGCAAGGACCCAGAAAAUUACCAGGACCCAGUCAUCCUUUCUUGGAAAGUUGUUAGAGGAUGUGCUUCAGCAAAAUGACAGAGUAAACCAAGAGAGUCAGGCUUGGGAUCCAGGCAAGAGCAAAGGCUCCCAGGAGCCUAGGGAGCCAGAGGAGCCUUGAUAGCACUGGAGGAACACUUAGGUCAGCUUGGAACAGGGAGGAUGGGAUUGCCAUAGGGCUCCACAUGGCUCUGAAAACUUAAAAUAGUUAAGCUGGGCAACAGACCACCUGUGACACCUGGCUGCCAGGAGCUUCUCUGAAUACACCUAGAGGACAGGAUCUUCAUCCACCCAGGGGAGUCCAAGAUGGUGAGUUUGGGGAAUAGACUGUGUUUGCAUUGUUUCCUCUAGUUUUAGACUUUAACAGCUUCUGAGCCAUUGGCUGGUGGGAUGAGGAGUUUACCCCACUGAUAGAAUUGGGUUUGCCCCACUCUGGGUCCCUGGUCCAUUUCUGUCCUGAUGACAGGUUGUAGCUCAGGUGUCCUUUGGAAAGCUUUCUCUGACUUCUCCCCCUCCCCCUUGCCAGCUGGAUCAAGCACCAUCCACCAGGACUUCCACCAUCACUGCAGGGGAGCUCACUUCCAUAAGUACUGUACUCCUGUGCCCAGUGCUUGGGGCCUGACACACAUGGUGGGGUCAGUAAAUUAGCUCCCAGGCUACCCUGAAACUGAGUCAUUUGAGGGAGGGGCUGUUGGGCACAGCUCCCUGCCCCAGGAACCUUCUUCCUUGGGUGGAGGGAACUCCCAAUGGGGCAAGGCUGGCCUCCUGGAGGAAGUAAGGCCUAGUGAGCAUAUGCUGGGCUUGGGUGUGGAGGCGAAGGUAGGGACUCCUCCUGCAGCCCUCCCUAGGCCCUGGGCUGUGGGGCCUCAGGGGCUUUGAGUUGUCAAGCCUGCCUUCCUGGAGGAGGGAAGGGGAAGAGAAAUCCCCUCUGGGGGUUCUGAGUCAGCUGCACUGUCAUAAUGGAAACAGCACAGCCCUGGGUGUCAGGACACUUCCCCUCUGUGGGCCUCAGAGUCCCCCUCGUUAUGAGAUGGAAAUAACAGUCCUGCAUAGGGAGUUGGGCUUCAGUGACAGAGGGUGACAAAGCACUCUGUUAACAUGCUGCUGACCCCACUGACCCAGUGGUGGUAGGUAACCAGGAGUUAAGAGGCUGCAACAUCUUGCCUCCAACCCAGAUGAAAGUCUUUCACUUCCCUUAGGCGCAAGUCUGAACUCUGACCAGUUGGAGUCUUUUGGGGACCAUGGAUUCCUUUUGUCCAUCAGUCACUUGCACUCUAGUGAGGCCCCUGCUGUCUGUCUAGAGAGGACAUCUUGAUUGGAGGGACAGCUGUUUAGGAGACCUGGCCUUGAGGGUGGGAGCUGCUUCUCAGGAUAAGGAAGGCCAGGGUGACCACCAAGCCCCAUCUGGGAGUGGAGGGUGCCAGGCCGAGUGGGUGAGGCAUGGAGGUCUCCUGAGGGAACACUGUGCUCUGAGACUCUUACUCAAUGUGUCAGUCUGACACCUCCAAGGACAUCUUGUUCCCAUCUUGCCCUUGCGUAAGGUCCGGGCCCAGCAAGAAGAGGCCUGAGGCUCUGCCAUGGACACUGAUCCAGCCCGGAGGCCCACGUGUGCCCUCAUCGACCCCUACAGCCUCCCUGGGUGGGGAGGAGGGACUUUUUCCUCGCAAAGACUCGUGCCCCUUACGUGUGGGUGAACGUCAGCCUGCUCAGGUUCCUGUGUAAGCCGGGCCGGCGUCUUUGUCUAUCUAGGCCUCAGUGUUCUUGCCUGUAAAGUGGGGUUGAUAACAGCGUUGGCUGAUUAGGAGGCUUGAGGAGCCGGAUGGCACCCAGGCCGCCCACAGAGUCCGGGACGGCGGGAGGUUGGGGUUUGGGGGCGUCACCGCCCAGCCGGCCCCGCCCCGCCCCGGCCCGCUUCCUCCUCCCGGGUCGGGCGGGCGGUGCCGUCGGCCCAGCCUCCUGCCCGGCGCCCCGCGGGCAGUCCCGGGCCGCUGCGCCAUGUCCGCCGACUGGUUCCGGCGCCGCUUCCUGCCGGGGGGUCCGCUCCCCGCGCCGCGGCCACCCCGGCCCCGCGCCAGCCCCGUGCCCUACCGGCGGCCCCGCUUCCUGCGCGGCUCGGGCUCCAGCCCCGGCACCGCCGACGCCUCGUGCCGCCCGAACGCCCGGCCAGUGCGCAGCCCGGUGCGGGGCCGCGCGCUGCCCUGGAACGCAGGCUAUGCCGAGAUCAUCAAUGCAGAGAAAUCUGAAUUCAAUGAGGAUCAGGCGGCCUGUGGGAAGCUGUGCAUCCGGAGAUUUGAGUUUGGGGUUGAAGAGGACCAGGAAUGGCUGACCUUGUGCCCAGAGGAGUUCCUGACAGGUCAUUACUGGGCACUGUUUGAUGGUCACGGUGGUCCAGCUGCAGCUAUCCUGGCUGCCAACACCCUGCACUCCUGCCUACGCCGGCAGCUGGAGGCCGUGGUAGAGGGCAUGGUGGCCCCUCAGCCCCCCAUGCACCUCAGCGGCCACUGCAUCCGCCCUAGUGACUCCCAGUUUGUGGAGGAAAAGGGCAUUAGGGCAGAAGACUUGGUUGUCGGGGCUCUGGAGAGUGCCUUCCAGGAGUGUGAUGAGGUGAUCGGGCGAGAGCUGGAGGCCUCAGGACAGGUGGGUGGCUGCACAGCCCUGGUGGCUGUGACCCUGCAAGGAAAGCUGUAUGUGGCCAAUGCUGGGGAUAGCAGGGCCAUCUUGGUGCGGAGGGAUGAGGUACGGCCCCUGAGCUCUGAGUUCACCCCGGAGACUGAGAGGCAGCGGAUCCAGCAGCUGGCCUUUCUCUACCCUGAGCUUCUGGCUGGUGAGUUCACCAGACUGGAGUUCCCUCGGCGACUGAAGGGGGAUGACUUGGGGCAGAAGGUUUUGUUCAGGGAUCACCACAUGAGCGGCUGGAGCUACAAGUGCGUGGAGCAGUCGGAUCUCAAGUACCCACUGAUUCAUGGACAGGGUAGGCAGGCUCGGUUACUGGGAACACUGGCCGUCUCCCGGGGCCUAGGAGACCAUCAGCUCAAAGUCCUGGACACAAAUAUUCAGCUCAAGCCCUUCUUGCUCUCUGUCCCACAGGUGACUGUGCUGGAUAUGGACCAGCUGGAGCCGCAGGAAGAGGAUAUAGUUGUCAUGGCGACUGAUGGGCUCUGGGAUGUCCUGUCCAAUGAGCAGGUGGCACGGCUGGUGCGGAGCUUCCUCCCUGGCAACCGAGAGGACCCACACAGGGCCAAGGGCGCAGUAGCCACUGAGGAUUCAAACAUCGCAUCCCAGAACCACUUACGGGCCAGGUGCAGUGUGAGCGUCCACCAUGGUCAACAGCAGGUCUGCCUGCCCCACCCCCAGACCCAGCCCUGACCCCAACCCAUUUCAAGGGGAGCAUUUCUACAAGGCAGUCAGAACUGGAAGAACACAGGGAGUCCAGCUCCCCAGGUCCCCCUUUGGCAGGCAGGGAAAGAGUGCUAAUGUCAAUAAUGUCUGGCAGAGUCACUUUACAACUUAGAAUCUAUGUAAGCCUCCUCAGAUAGGAUCCUUAACAGCCCACUAUAUUAUUCCCAGAUGGGGACAGCUGGACUAAGGGCAUUGGCCAAGGAUGCCAGGAAGGGCAGACAGCCUGUGUUUGGAUCCAGGUCUCUAAUGCAUGAAUGUCAGAUUAUCUACUCAACAACCCCCAAAGCCCAUGCAGAGUGCCUUAUGCGAAGCCUCAUACCUGCUAAACAGCCAUCUUGAAGCAGCCCUUGGAGAGAGACCAGUUCAGGUCCUACCCUGCUCCCCUCCGUGCUGGAGGAGAGGCACAGGCCCAGGGGCUAAAGUUGGGGGAGAACUAAGGGACAAGAAGGAGCCCCCGAGUUGGCUUAGUGAAUGCCCAGAUUAUUGCUGCUGCCUCUAGCCCAGUCUCCUGAUUGCUCCUCUCUGGCUCCAGCCCUGCCCUAGGCUGAUGCCUCAACAACGCCGUUUUGUUGUUCCCCAUCACCUUCCUAUUAAAUGUUUGUAUGCAGAAGAACCCUUGCGAAUCGUGAAUUGCUGUAUAGCUUGAUGUUACAGUAUACCUUUUGCUUUUUCUUGUUCCCUUCUAAAAAAAUCACUCUUAGCCUUAGCUCCACCUUACAAGUUUGCCUAUAGUCAGCAUUGUGUUUUCUCUGUGGCCUCCCCAGUUCGCAGCUUGGGGUGAGCCCCAGUGAGAGAACUGCUGCCCAGGGAACAGAAAGGGGGUCUCCACCACCAUCUGUGGGUUCUGGGCUUGAGGUAUCAGAAGGGAUGCCUUGUUUUUUACGGCAAAUUAUAGUGAUUUUAGUAUAAAGUU